UACGGCAACGGCAGAACAUGAAGAUGCAGACGACACUGGUUACGUUGCUGCUGGCGGCCGCCACGUUGUGUCUAGCAAACGACGCCUCUAAGACGCCGCCUACCGGUCAGCCGCAGCAGCAGCAGCAGCAGUUCUACCAGCCACCCAAGCCAGAGGUCGUGCAGCAGCACCUGCACAAGCUCUUUGACGAGGAGCUGGACAAGGAUGGCGACAAGUACGUGAACUCUGCGGAGCUCAAGCAGUACCUGAAGAAGUUCCACAGCCGCCUCAUCCUGGACAGCAUCGACAAGCAGUGGCUCUACUUCGACAAGGAGAUGCAGGAGAAGGUGCCGGGUGUCAAGGUGCUCAAGUGGGAGACGUACAAGAAGCUCUCCUUCCCAGACAGAGACCUGGAGAAGGCCGGCGAAGAGGGCAAGGCGGCGAAGGCGAUGCUCGAGCGCACCGAGCGCCGCUGGAAGCUGGCCGACUUCGACAACGACGGCGCCCUGGACAAGGCCGAGUUCAAGAGCUUCCUGCACCCCGAGGAGGACGAGCGCGUGCGCGGCGUGGUGGUCACCGAGGCCAUCGAGCUCAUGGACACCGACAAGAACGGCAUCGUCUCGUUCGAGGAGUACAUGGACCAUCUGAAGCGCGUCUCCGGACCGGAGAAGGACAAGGACAAGAACUGGGGACCGGCGCAGCAGAGCCAUUUCAGCACGUACAUGGACAAGGACAAGGACGGCGCGCUGAACGAGGCUGAGAUGCGCGACUGGGUGCUGCCCAGCCACGACCGCGAGGAGGGCGAAGCCUGGAGACUCAUCUCCGUGGGCGACGUCAACCAGGACACCCGGCUCACCAAGGAGGAAGUGGCCGCGCAGCCCGACUACUUCAUGGGCAUCCUGCCGCACGAGUUCUGGCAGCAGGAGGGACACGCGGGCAGCGUCAAGCAGAAGGAGGAGCUGUGAGCAGGACGCCUGCGCUGCUCCUGGCGCCACCUUUCGGCCGCCACAUCAUGUGAUACGAGUCGCACGCGGCGGUGUCUUGCAACGCGUACUCGAACCGACGGUGGCCGGUCGCCAGGGGUGUGUGGAGCGGCGGCGACGUCAAACGUGUCGCAGACAAUCUCACGCGCUGCGCGAUUCAGUCAUUGGGGGGAGGGCUGUCUCUACCACUCUGUCCUGGACUCGGGGACCUGCGUACAAAGGGGAGGAGGUCGCUGUCCGUCCGCAGCUACCAAGUGUGUUUUCGGCAUAGUUCGCUUAUAUUUGGAGCUGUGACGCGAAUCAGUGAGGAAUAUUUUCGAAAGACUUAAUCCGCUGCUCUCGGCAUUAGAUAGUGAGCCACGUGAGUGUUCAUGAUCCGCGAUGGUUUCACCCCAACUCAAUAGCAUUAUUCUUGUAAUACAUCACAAAUGACGACCUGAAAGCUCCAGAACUAUAUAUAAUAUAUAAUUGCCUCUAUGUUGUUCAAUUCUUAAGCACCCUCUUAGUGAACCUUAUCUGUUUUUGUGUGAAACCAGCGCAAUAUUUAUAUUCCUCCCACUUCAGGCUCUCGACAUCUUUCUGGAUCCGGGACAUUGUACAAAUUUUUUGCUCCAUGUCAUCACAACGAAAAAAAUAAAAGACGAAACUCACGGGA